GCAGGCAGUCGAUUAGAGAUUCCGACGUGUGCUCUUCCGUUCUGUCUGGACCGCAUCGCGUCUGUAACCAUGAAGGUUGCCAUUUUUCUAUUGAUCGUUGUGGCUUGUGCCGUUACUGCAAAGCCUGGAGGGUACACGACAAAGUAUGAUAACAUCGACUUGGACAGUAUCCUGAACAGCAGACGUCUUCUUGAUAACUAUGUUAAUUGUCUUUUGGAUGCCGGAAAUUGUACACCGGACGGCAAAGAAUUGAAGAAAAUCCUGCCUGACGCCCUGAAAAAUGAGUGUAAAGACUGCAGCCAGAAUCAGAGACUUGGCUCGGAGAAGGUUAUCCGGUUCUUGGUGAACAAGCGUCCUGAUGCGUGGGACAAACUGGCUACGAAAUACGAUCCCGAAAAUGAAUACAAAAAGAAGUUUCAGACUGAAGCAGAAAAAGCUGGAAUCAAACUGUGAACGUGACUAAGAAGUAAUCUGUUUUCGUCUUUUUUUUUUGUUUUUUUUUUUUAAUACGAAUUUGUUAUUAUAUUUCUCCCAGAUGUGACAAGUUGUUAAAUAUAUACACCAAAUUUAC